AUGUUUGUUAAAACAGUAUUGAGAUGUUGGUUGACAAAUCAAAAAUCUUUAAAGCCAAUUUAUUGGCAAAAAAAUCGAACAUUUCAUUCAGAAUUAGAUCUAAGUGUGUCAUCAACAUCCCUAGGUCAUAUAAAAAAAAUAUUACGUCAACAAAAUGUUACAUUCCAAGAAGGACAUUCAUGUUUACUAUUUAGAUGUCCAAUUUGUGAUGAUAAUAAAAAAAAAGAAUUGACUGUAUUUGUCAAUAAAACAACUGGUUUUUUUCUAUGUCAACAAUGUGAACACAGUGGUUCAUGGGAUAUAUUAGAGCGUUUUUUUGACAAAAAAAGUACAACUAAAAUUCAAGAAUUAAAUAAUUUAAAAAAGACACUUUCAAUUGAAAAAGAUUAUUCUGAUAAAUGGGAUAAAAUUUGUAAAUCAUGUCAAGCAGUAUCAAAAUUAUCAGAGAAUGAUUAUCAUAGUUUAAUAGAAAAAUUUCAACUUCCAACUAGUAUAACACAAUCACAGCUAUCACAAUUAAAUUCCGAAUAUGAUUUAUCAACAUCAAAACUUUAUUUUCCAUUACGUAGUUUGAGUAACAAAAUAACAGGCUGUAAAACACUAUCAUUAAAAUCAUCAAGUAUAAUAGAAUCAUCAUUACCAUCAAUAAAUCCAACUGGUUUAAUAAUUUAUCGUGAAAAAAAGCUAAAAAAUGAUACUACUGGUGUAUUAGUACCAUCAGUUGAAGAUUUACUAGCAUUAAUAUCACAAAAAGUAGCAAAUACAAUAAUAUGUUUACCUCAAGGUCUUCAAAAUCUACCAAUUCAAGUAUUACCAAAUUUAGAAUUAUUCAAUAAGCUAAUAUUAUGGUUUGACAAUGACGCAAUUAGUUGGGAUUCAGCAAGACAUUAUGCAAAAAAAUUAAAUGAAAAAAGAUGUUAUUUUGUACGUCCAACAAAUCAACAACCACGUCCAAAAAUUGCAGUUGCACGUGAACUUAAUUUAAAAUCAAUAAUACAAGAUGCACAACCAAUUUAUCAUAAAAGUGUAACGACAUUUAGUUCAUUGAGAAAAGAUGUAUUGAGUGAUUUACAAAAUGUUGAUAAAGUACAAGGUGUUAAAUGGACAAGAUAUCCAACAUUAAAUAAACUAUUAAAAGGACAUAGACGUGGUGAAUUUACAAUAGUAACUGGACCAACUGGUUCUGGUAAAACAACAUUUAUGAGUGAAUAUUCAUUGGAUUUAGCUAUGCAAGGAGUCAAUACAUUAUGGGGUAGUUUUGAAAUACGUAAUACAAGAUUAGCUAAAACAAUGUUACAACAAAUGUGUGGUGUACAACUUGAAGAUAAUUUACAUAAUUUUGAAUUAUAUGCUGAUGAAUUUGAAAAAUUACCAAUAUAUUUUAUGACAUUUCAUGGACAACAAACAUUAUCUGUUGUUAUGGAUGCUGUACAACAUGCAACAUAUGUACAUGAUAUAUCACAUGUUAUUAUUGAUAAUGUACAAUUUAUGAUGGGAAUGUCAGAACAAUCAAAACAUCUUGAUAGAUAUUAUCGUCAGGAUGUUAUUAUAUCAGAAUUUCGUAGUUUUGCUACUAAAACAAAUUGUCAUGUUACAUUAGUUAUACAUCCAAGAAAAGAACGUGCUGAAGAUGAUUUAACAAGUUCAUCAAUAUUUGGUGGUGCUAAAGCUAGUCAAGAAGCUGAUAAUAUAUUAAUUAUACAAGAUAAAAGAACAGCAAGUCUUAAAGGAAAAAAAUAUUUACAGGUAACGAAAAAUAGAUAUAGUGGUGAUUUAGGUGUUAUGCCAUUGGAUUUUGAUAGAACAAGUUUAAGUUAUCAACAAAAAAAAAAACCAAAACCUGAAGAAUCAUUAAAAAAUAUCAAACAGUCAGAUGAAGAUGGAAAUUAAGUGUUAAAUUAAA